UUUUCGGCAAUCAUUUUCUGCGUAUGAAAUCGGGAUUAAUCAAUUUAUAUUAAAUUUAGCGUACCCACUAUCUUAAACUAUCGAGUGGGUUAAUAUGCAAUAAUGAGAUGCUGUCUCAGUGUUAACGUAAACGUAUAUCACUAAAUAUGUGUGAAACGAUGACAUACUUUUCAAACUCACUGAUUAGUGAUCACGUUCCUCGCGAGACUAUGACAUUCAGACGUUUUGCUUGCCAGAUAAACUCAUUUCUCGAUGGAACACAACAAAAACAUUGUAUAGCAGUUUCGUAGUUGUUGUAUGUAGCUCUAGUUACAAAACCAUUGUUCUCAACCAAUUCCCGCUGAAAAAAUACAACAACAAGAAGAAAACAUGCUCACAAAUCACGUUAGCUAGGUAGUACUAGUAAUAGAACAGCUUUUAGCUCAGCACUGUCUACAGCCUAGGGCAGAGAAACCUUGGCGUUGGUUGCCUAGACACAAGCAAUACUUUUCUGCAAAGAAAACACUGCAUGCAGGCUACUAAACAAAUCUUUAAUCAUCUCAUGUACGCAGCUAGCAAAGGCAUGUAAACCCCAACAACGUAUUCAUCUUAGCAAUAAUACAAUACGCAGGUAAUCAUGUGAGCAACUUGUUACUAGACAUCUUCAUAGUUAUCUAGUUGGCUAAUUAGCUUAGCUAGGGCGGUGGACUGCUUGUGGCAAUUGACAGAUCCCUCUCCAAAAUGAUGUUCUCCUCCAGGCGUCAGAGAAAAUAAGAAGCAAAGAACACAGCUGUGGCAGGCCUCCAGCCCUGUAAUUUACCACACCUCCCAUAGUGACGGGACCACUCUGUUGCCUGACAGGAGAGCUCCUUACCCCCAGGGAGAGUGGAAGCCAGGAGAGUUCUGGAACAAGGCUCAGACCAGGGAGCAGUGCCCAGUGUUUCCUGUCCUUUGAAGACCAGUACCAACGUAGAAACUUCAAACUCGAGUUACUCAACCUGCUCAGAUGGCCUUCUGCUUGGCUGAGCUGCACUUGUGGUCCGCCAAGAGCUCCCUGCAAGUCACAGAUACAGAUAUUGGCACCUAUCAGUACCACGAGAAAGGAGAGCCGGUCACCCACUCAGAGUGCCAUUACUACAAUGAGAAGCAACAUUUCUCAGAGACUCGCGGCUACUCCUGGACCCCUAAGAACCGCCGCCCAGAGAAGCUCCGUGAUUCGUUGAAGGAGCUGGAGGAGCUGUUGCAGACCAGUGCAUGUGUUCACGCCAGAUGGAAGAACAAGCACUGCUGUCAGCUGAUGCUUAGCACCGGGAUCCUGGUGACCUUAACCCUAAACGGACCACAGCUGGAGAGAGUGUGUGUGGACCGGACGCUCUUGGGCCGCCUGCCUGCUGACACCGUCACUGAUGCGGUGAUCACGGAUAGGCUGCUGCUGCUGUCCUUCCUGGAGAAGAGCCAGGUGUGUGCAGUGUUCCUCAACAAGAAGAACCACGGGUCCCCUGAGACAGGAAGACGAGUGGAAAAACUCUCCUCCUCUGAGCUGAAGGUGGUGUGUGCGGACCUGCGUGGCGGUUCGCCUCGCAGGCUGGGUAGACGGGUGGGUCUGAACUGUCUCCAGGACGUAGCGGUGUGCUGGUGGCCCCUGGUCUCCUCCUCCUCCGCCGAGUUGUGGCCCUGGACCCCCACCAGUCACACACACACCGACCGGGCCAACCUGCUGCUGCUGAGCUGCUCUGCCACGGACGGUCUCAAGGUGCUCAGUUCCAUACGUACUGAAGGAGACCCUCUUGACUGUCACUUCAGCCUCCUCCAACCCUACCAGCUGCUGUCCGUUGAAGUGCCUGAAGGACCCCACCCGGAAUCCCAAGGGCCCGAAGGGGCGUCCUCGGCGGACGCCUGCGCGUACGAGUGCGCCCGCGGUCGCCUCCAGCGCCUGUCCGUCACCCGCAUCCCCCUCUCCUCCCGCCCCGUGUCCUGUGCCCGGCACCCCUCCGAGACCAGCCUGCUCCUGGGCCUCGCCGACUCCUCCCUGGUGCUGUACGACCAGCAGAGGGGCGUGCCUCUCCUCGCUCCCUGCCCCGUCCCGCCCUCUCUCUUGGCCUGGCACCCGGCCGGGGCCGUGGCGGCGGCGGGGGGCGGCCAAGGGGAGCUUAUGUUCUUCGACGUGGGUUUGGCGCCGCUGGGUGUGGCGCUACUGGCGGAGGAGGCGGCCCCCGCGGCGACGCUGAGACUAGCCCAGCACCUGCGCUGUCCGGGGGGGCUGGAGGGGCUGUACUGGGGGGGCAGCGUGGAGGGAGGGGCGGAUGGGACGGACCUGCUGAUGAUUGCUUUCCACAGUGGACCCCUGGCAGCACUGAGAUUCAGGCUAGGCGCUCUGACGGGGGGUCAGCUGGGCUCCUGCGAGCUGCUCCAGCAGAGGCUGCGCUGCGGUCAGGUGGACCAGGCGCUCGGCAUUCUGGGAGCCAUGGAGUGGAGCACCAUGGGUAGCGAGUGCUACCAUGGCCUGAGCUCGGUGACGGAGCACCUGCUCAGGCUGGAGCUGGACGCAGAGAGAGAAGCCCAACUAGAAGCAGCUCUGGGAGUCUUCUACGCUCCACCCAGCCCUCUCUCUGACACCGUAGUGUUGGAGUACAGGGAUCCAAUCAGCAAGUACGCCCGGCGCUUCUUCCACCACCUGCUCAGGCACCAGCGGUUUGAGAAGGCCUUUCUGUUGGCAGUGGACAUUGGAGCCAGAGACCUGUUCAUGGAUCUCCAUUAUGUGGCGUCUGAUAAGGGCGAGGUGGUUCUGGCUGCGGUGGCGAAGAGGAAGGCUAAUGAAAUCGCCGUCACCGUUAUGCCUGGUGCAGAAGAAUCACCAGCCAAUCUGAGGGGGAGGAAUGGAUUGUGUGGAUCCAGAACUACCGCCCUGCAGACAGACAGGAACUUGGUUGCGACGGGACCACCCUCUCAACGUAACCUCUGUGAGGAGCCGAGGAGACAGCAGCCAGUGGCAAGCACACCUGUGACCGUCAGCGCUGCACCCAACUGGCCGUGGACAAAUACAGAAAACAGCCUUGCCAAUCAAGAUGAGAAUGAGAAUGAAGAUACAGGGACACUCAAAGUGGUUCAUUUUGGUCUCGUUUGACAUGAACUGACGGUAGCUGUCUUUGAAUGGUGACAGGGAUUUUGUACCCAUUUGUUAUCUUUUGUAAAUUAUAUCUGAUGGCAAGAAAAGGAACCAAUUUAUUUUUUUACAUAACUUUAUGGUGAGUGAUCAACUACUGUAACUGAAUAAAGAAAUGUUGUGAAAUCAAACCAUUCAGAUCCAUUGAAUGAAGAAAUAAGAUUUUUCAUUCUCAUCUACUUUUGAAGCUAUUAGUACAAAAAUAAUUCAGUUUCAAUUCAUAGGAACACAAUGAUGCACAAAAUGUCUUACUAUUACUAAGCAUACUAAAGAAGCGACCAGGGUCUUCUCUCCUAUCUUUUGUGGUAUUGCAUGUGUGCGUACGUGUGGGUACGUGUAUGUGAAUCUGUGUGAGGGUGAGCAACUGCUUGUGUGUGUUGGUUGAGAUUACGGGCCGCAGUUUUAUUCAUGAAAAGGAGCCAACAAGCGACUUUAAAGCAUGGCGCCGAGCCCCUUUCCUGAACAGCAGCCAUAGCCGUGUCAGAGCUGUCGACGCGCUGCGCUCGCCGGCUAAUCUGACAGCACCGAGCGAGCCCUAAUCCCUCCCUGUAUCGUAAUCUAUUUACUUUGCAUUCUAAGAGGAUUUCCACCAAAACAUAUACAAGAACCAAUGCUGGAAAUGGACAGGAGAUCAGUGAGGAUGCUUUUCUGUGUUCUUUUUGUUUUGUUGGCUUUUCUAAAAAGUCUUUGUAUGUUUUGGGAGUCAAUCCCUUCGCAAGAGGGACAGCUGAAAGGAAUUACAUUUGAAACUGAUACUAAUACUUCUCUGUUGUAAACAUAACAUGUUACAUUGCUUUCUGUAAUACACUCUGGUGGCAGUUGUUACAGAUAAGUGUCAUCUGUCAUUGCCUUUAGUGGAUCUCCUGACACCUUUUUAAUUCACCAACCACUGGCAUAUUAUCACAGAACUGAAUGACUUGACAGCUCAAAUGGACCUUCAAAAUUGCUUAACAGUCAAGUAACACACAUCAAGCUGAUGGUCUAGCAUACAAAGCAUUAAAACUUCUAAACAACGACACAGAAGAAAAUCUUUAAAAGACGAAUGUGUGUCCUUGGAUGACACGUUUAGGCUGCUGUUGACAAUUUUAUUGGGAUAGCUAGAAAGAACAUCUGUACUAAACUGCUUAGUAUGGCUAUAUAGCUUAUACUUGUUUUAAUGUUCAAAUUGUAUUGUUUUAAAGAGUAUGAUUAAUGUUUAAAGUUCAAUCGUUUUAUAAACCUGACAUUGAAAUGGUCCAAGACCACCUUGAUUGGGAAGUGUUUUUAGUGGUACAGUAAAGUAGUGUAGGCUUCGUAGUAGUAUUAGCACAGUGACCUUGUUAACAUGUAUAAAUGAAUCAGGCCUCCAGCUCUCCCUAUUAUCCAGGUUGCCUUUCCCUUAGUGCUGCAGCUGUUCCAUUUUUGUAUGGCCCCUAGCUGUCUGGGGAUAUACAGUAACACAUGAUCAGAUUUAAUGAUGGGACUAAAUCCAGUUCCUCUCUGUAGUAUUGUGUUGUUUUUCUCUGUGUGUGUGAUGGGGGUUUGGUUCCUGGUCGUAAUUGAGCAGUCCCUCAUUAAAAUUGGAACUUCCUAUAGACGGGCUAGGUCCAAUAUAUUAUUGAUGUGUGAUGUAUUCAACCUACAGUCGUAGCCCAAAGUAUUGGCAGUGACAUAGAUUUUGUGUUUGCAAAGUUUGCUGCUUCAGUUGUGGUGUCGAUUCACAUUGUUACUCUACUGUUAUUGUGCAGAGUGAUCAGGCGGUUUUUAAAUAAAAGCUUCAUUGGCCCCCCCAAAAAUGAAAUUUAUCACAAAAACACACUUUUCACUGUUUUUGGGCCCUGGCAUAAAAUGACUGAUAAAAUCAUUUCAGUAAGUCAUAUCAUCAGCACAUGGGAAAGUGUGAUCUAGUUAUAGUCAAGUGAAAUCACUGUCAUUCUGAUUGGAUUUUAAGAGCCGAUUGAUGGCUGUAAA